CUGAGAAGACUAGAAUCUCUAUCCAUUUCUUGAUAUUAUAGCAGGAACGAGGAAACAGGAUAGGUCCCACUACUGACGUUACGACGACUCAAGUUUUCAGGACAUAAUCUACCAACGAUCGAGAAAUAAAAAUUCUACUGAUAUCGCAAAUCUGAAAAAUUUCAACUGAUAUUUGCUUCAACCAAUUUCUCGAGGCCCAACCCAGUUUACACUAUAGUAACCUCCAAAGUUCCUACCGAACCUCUAAACACUUCCAUCAAAGUAUACCUUUGUUAACUCUAACAAACAAUUACCGCAAUAGACAAGUAAAAGACAAGCAUUCUUUCAAUCAAUUUUUUUUAUUCUGAAUCACGCAGAAGAACUUUGCAAUAGAGCCCACAUUAGCAACUAGCAGACUAGAAACUCUCAACAUUUUCAAGAAUAGACUCAGAUGCCAUGUUACUAAUAAUGUUUCAGGAAAUUUUUAAACUGCAGGACGAACUCGUAAAGGUGGUAAUGGGCGAACUUGCAAUUGGGAGAAAUCCCUCAAAUGCCAUUACUGUCGCUUUCAUUACUACGAAGCCCGCGUUCCCGUUGUCAGCGGUUACCUAAUUUUUGCACUGUCAUUGUUAUGGUGUGGUCUGUGCGCUUAGAUCGUAUAUAUAAAUCUGACUGAAUUCUUUCAGACUCAAUACAUCUGGUGACUAACCACAAUGGCGGCUGCUGAAGGAGUGAAGCUUCACAAUGGAGCUCUGAUGCCUUCUAUCGGCUUGGGGACUUGGAAGUCCAAAAAGGGGACCGUCGGAAACGCUGUUAGGCUAGCCUUGCAAUAUGGAUACAGACACAUUGACUGCGCUUGGGCCUACGAUAACGAAGAGGAAAUUGGUGAAGUGUUAACUGAAGUCUUCAAAGAAGGAAAGUUGAAAAGAGAGGACGUGUUUAUCACAUCCAAACUCUGGUGUAGACACCAUGCACCUGAAGAUGUCCUUCCCGCUUGCCAGGAAACAAUGACAAAUUUACAGCUGGACUACCUCGACUUGUACCUGGUACAUCUCCCUUGCGCAUUCAAGAAAGACGCAAAAAGCCCGACGCGGUGUAUUGCAGAUGGUGUGAUUGGCUAUUCACCUGAAGGCAUUGCAAAUACUUGGAAGGCAAUGGAAGAACUUGUCGAUAAAGGUCUCUGCAAAGCCAUUGGAAUCUCGAACUUCUCCAUGAAGAAGACUCAGACUCUUCUAGAAACUGCAAGAAUACCGCCAGCUUGUAAUCAAGUGGAACUUCAUCCAUAUUUACACCAGGAUGAAUUUAUAUCUUUCUCAAAGAGUAAAGGAAUCGCUGUGACGGCGUAUUCUCCGCUGGGUUCCCCAGACAGACCGGUUGUCAACCCAACAGAACCAGUAGUGCUGGAGAAUCCAGUGCUAACAAAAAUUGCACAAAAACACAAUACUACGGCUGCCUUGGUCGCUCUUGCCUGGGGUAUUAAGCGUGGCACUCCAGUCCUCCCAAAAUCUGUCUCUGAAAAUCAUAUCAAAGAAAACCUUGAAGCACUUCAUGUGAACUUGGAUGAAGAUGACAUGAAAGGGAUUCAAAACAUUGGCAUACGUCAUCGAUACUUCAAAAUGUACUGGAUGUACAAACCAGAGGAAAUUCCUGAAGGAGGAGUGUGGGACGGCGAGGAAUGAAGCAAUUAAAGGAAGGAAAAAUGAUAGAAACGAAGAAAAGAACUAGAUUUGAGAAAGUCAUGUACCAAGAAGUAACCUCUCCUCGAAGGCAAAUAAAUUGGUUCAAAACACGUG